AAGGCUUUAGCCUAUCAUAACUUCGAUUCCACAUGGUCUUAAUUAAACGGAACACUACAGGUAGUCACGGUUGGUGCCGAUCUUAUUUGUCGAAGUGGCAGAUGUUGCUUGUUAACGUAGCCGAUCACUGAACAUGUUGAGCUUCCCGAAACAUUGAUUUCUCAGCUUCCUGGCUGCUAAUUAUUAUGUCGUAGUUUGCAGGACUUUUCUGGUUAGCUCUGGCGUUUUAGAGCUAUAGCCUAACUGUAGCUUCUGACUAGCCUACUUUUAUUUCUGAGCAUAAACACUGGCUUCAUGGAUGCUGGAGUUAAAUCCGUUGCUCUUCAGCCACAGAGAAAUACGCCCAUUCCAGCCAUUCCCGAAAUGCCUGCUUAUGGGCCGCCUCAGAUAGGCAUGACGCCCAAUCCACAGAGACCUACAGACUGCCCUCCCGGUCUGGAAUAUCUUACUCAAAUUGAUCAACUUCUUGUUAAUCAGAAAGUGGAAUUAGCUGAAGCAAUAUUAGGAUGGGAGACAAAUAAUAAGUAUAUGGUGAAGAACACCAUGGGGCAGCAGGUGUUCUUUGCGGCAGAGGAGAAUGACUGUUGUAACAGGCAGUGCUGUGGACCCAUGCGCUCCUUCGUCUUACACGUUCAGGAUAACCACGGCCUGGAGGUGCUCACCCUGAGGCGCCCGCUGAAGUGCUCCGCCUGCUGCUUUCCAUGCUGUCUCCAGGAGCUGGAGGUACUGGCACCACUCGGAAUCCCCAUUGGAUACGUCAUUCAGGACUGGCAUCCAUAUCGGCCCAAGUUUACCAUUCAAAAUGAGAAGAGGGAGGCUGUGUUGAAAAUUGUAGGCCCAAUCUGUGCAUGUAAAUGCUGUUCAGAUGUGAAUUUUGAGGUGGUGUCUUUGGAUGAACUCACGGCAGUUGGCUCCAUCUCCAAACAGUGGAGUGGUCUUAUGCGAGAAGCCUUUACUGAUGCAGACAAUUUUGGCAUCAAGUUCCCCUUGGACCUGGAUGUGAAAAUAAAGGCUGUCUUAUUUGGGGCAUGUUUUCUCAUUGACUUCAUGUUCUUUGAACACAGUAAAUGAAAAGACUCUUCCAUCUAUCAAGCUGUUCUGUGAACCUUGGAACGCAGCAUGUCAUUAAAUGGUGUGUUUGGAGUGUAUACUCCACUGAUCAAUGAUUCCUUGUAAUGUUGAGCACUUGUGUAUACAUGUAUGGCCUAUGUAUAUAGAGUCAACAUAACCACAUAUGAAGCAUUGCUAGAUUUCAAAUCUAAGAGCUUUUUAAGUGCUGAUUAGCUUUGUUACAGACUGACAAAAUGUUUUUAAAGCUGUAGGACAGUAGUGUGAUGAGAACAGGACAUAGUGGAUUUAUAAUAACAUUCCUCAUUUUUGGAAUGUCUGGAUGGAUGCCUACUAAAGUACAGUGGUUUGUUUUGUUGUAAUAGAAAAUAACAACUGUCUCAUAGCAGGGAUUAAGCUUAAUUUCUAAGAGGUUCUAUGUAGCUCUCACAAGUCAGUUCAAAAGCUAUACUGAUCUGAAAUACUCCAUACCAUUACAUACCAACACAUUAAUGAUGCUUUUGUUAUACUUUGAAAUGCACUGGAUACAUUUAUUUACUUGAAAGCAUGCAGAGCACAACGUGCUUCAAGCUAUGCAUCCACUGCACCCUCACACAGUUCCAUGACAACGCCACCCUACAACAUAUACCUUGAGCUUGAUGUCUUCAACGCUGCCAGUUGGAGGCUCUGACAUCACACAUUUCUGUUUCAGUUAUAGCCAAACACAAACCUGUCCUGACACUUGGUUUUUUGCCUAACUCCAUCAGAUACCUAUUCUUUAGUAUUUGUAUUUUUUUAAACUUCACAGUUGCGUACGCAGACGUCUUAGGAACCAGGAAAAUAUUGGUCACAAUGUAUAUGUGCUCUGAAGAAACCAAACCCAUGAGCAAGGCACUGCUUCACAGGGUUUCAUCCAGAAGUUCUGUUUAUUUGAAUGACUUGUUAUUGAUUACUGUUACUGAUAAAAAUUAAAUAAAAUGUUACAUCCUUUUGUUGACAAAAAAAUGAACAAGCUUCUGGGCUUAAAUUGAUGAUGUAACGCUGAAGGCAUAAGUAAACAGUGUUCCUCAUUCUAACUAUGCACUAUACACACCUUGUCUCAGCCCUUUUGUUCUGUAUUUGUUGUACAUGUCUGGGCUUUUUAAAUGGUCAACAAACGCACCUCAACCAAAGUGAUCAACAUCCAGACAGAAACAGUUGUCAACAAUUACCCUUAAAAUAUGUCAUUAUUGUAGGUCUAGAAGCAUUUUUUUCACAAUAAAAAAACACUUACUGAA